AUGGAGUCGUUCGAUCCUGCAACGGGUCAGCAGCUGCCCUCAGAUGCAAUUCAGCGCAUCCUCUUCAUCGCAACAAGCGUCCAUGUCUACAACAUCCCGCCCCUGGCUUCGACCAAGGGCUACACUGCAGCCACGUGGACCGAGGACCCCAAGCGGCACAUAAUAACGUGUCGCUUGCGGGUCAUCGAGACUGCUUUGCCCCAGCCUGGCGGAGAUGACAAGGUCAAGACAGACGUCAUCCUCGAGGACCCGUCAAGCGGGCAGCUCUUUGCCGCUGCCCCUUACACCACACCUGCCAUCGUAGAGCCCGCUCUUGACAGCUCACGCUUCUUUGCCGUGCGGGUUCAGGACCCCAGCGGGCGGAAGGCUACCCUGGGCAUUGGCUUCGAGGAGCGGAGCGAAGCCUUUGACUUUGGUGUUGCGCUGCAGGACGCGAGGAAGGGGCUGGGGCUGGACGGCGGCCCUUCUGCUCCAUCCGAGCAGCAGAAGCAGAAGGAGAGCGCUGAAGAGAAGCGUGAUCUCUCCUUGAAGGAGGGCGAGACAAUCACGGUGAACCUCGGCGGUAAGUUUGGGCGGCGGCGGCCGCAGCAGGAGUCCGAGCCCGCCGGCACCAGCGCGGGCCUCUCGUCUUUCUCCUUGCCGCCUCCUCCGUCUGGAUCUAGCUCACGCGGUGGCUUCUCCCUUGCCCCUCCGCCGAGUGCCCAGGAGGUCAAACAAGACCAGAAGACAGCCAAAGACUUGGGAUUCGACGACGGCCAGUUUGGCGAAUUCGCCUGA